GGGCGCGGAACGAGAAGCGCAGCACGCUCUCCCGCCCGGCCUGUAGUGCUGGGCUCAGCUCUUGCACCUCCCUCCGCUCUCUCCUCCGCCCCCCUUCGCCCUCCCCCUUUCCCUCCCUUUCUCCUCCUCCUCCUCCUGCCGCCGCGGCCGCUGCCAGACCUCGCCAGUUCAGACCCACCGGGCUGCCCUCCCCUGCGCUCUCCCCCUGCUGCCCAGGCCCGGAGCGCAGCGCGGCCGCACAGAUUCAUGAUGUUGAAAGCCCUUUUCCUAACUAUGCUGACUCUGGCUCUGGUCAAGUCACAGGACACCGAAGAAACCAUCACGUACACGCAAUGCACAGAUGGAUAUGAAUGGGAUCCUGUAAGACAGCAGUGCAAAGAUAUUGAUGAAUGUGACAUUGUCCCAGACGCUUGCAAAGGUGGAAUGAAAUGUGUCAACCACUACGGAGGAUACCUCUGCCUUCCUAAAACAGCCCAGAUUAUUGUCAAUAAUGAACAGCCUCAGCAAGAAACACCGGCGGCAGCGGAAGGUGUGGGUGCCGCUGCAAAUGCUGCCGCCACAUCAGGUGCAGGCGCUGGGGGCAUGGCAGCCAGUGGCAUGGCAGCCAGUGCAGCGAUGCCUGGGGGUGGCUUCGUCGCCAGUGCUGCUGCUGUUGCAGGCCCUGAAGUACAGACUGGCCGAAAUAACUUUGUCAUCCGACGGAACCCAGCUGACCCUCAGCGCAUCCCAGCCAACCCUUCUCACCGGAUCCAGUGCGCAACGGGCUAUGAGCAGAGUGAGCAUAACGUGUGUCAAGACAUAGACGAGUGCACUGCGGGGACUCACAACUGCAGAGCUGACCAAGUGUGCAUCAAUUUACGAGGCUCCUUCGCCUGUCAGUGCCCCCCGGGGUACCAGAAGCGGGGAGAGCAGUGUGUAGACAUAGAUGAAUGCACCAUCCCUCCAUAUUGCCACCAAAGAUGCGUGAACACACCAGGAUCAUUUUAUUGCCAGUGCAGUCCUGGGUUUCAGUUGGCCGCAAACAACUAUACCUGUGUAGAUAUAAACGAAUGUGAUGCCAGCAAUCAAUGUGCUCAGCAAUGCUACAACAUUCUUGGUUCAUUCAUCUGUCAGUGCAAUCAAGGAUACGAACUAAGCAGUGACAGGCUCAACUGUGAAGAUAUUGAUGAAUGCAGAACCUCAAGCUACCUGUGUCAAUAUCAGUGUGUCAAUGAACCUGGGAAAUUCUCGUGUAUGUGCCCCCAGGGAUACCAAGUGGUGAGAAGUAGAACAUGUCAAGAUAUAAAUGAGUGUGAGACCACAAAUGAAUGUCGGGAAGAUGAAAUGUGUUGGAAUUAUCAUGGUGGCUUCCGUUGUUACCCACGAAAUCCUUGUCAAGAUCCGUACAUUCUAACAUCAGAGAACCGAUGUGUUUGCCCAGUCUCAAGCGCGGUGUGCCGAGAACUUCCCCAGUCCAUAGUCUACAAAUACAUGAGCAUCCGAUCUGAUAGGUCUGUGCCAUCAGACAUCUUCCAGAUACAGGCCACAACCAUUUAUGCCAAUACUAUCAAUACUUUUCGGAUUAAAUCUGGAAAUGAAAAUGGAGAGUUCUACCUAAGACAAACAAGUCCUGUAAGUGCAAUGCUUGUGCUGGUGAAGUCGUUAUCAGGACCAAGAGAAUAUAUCGUGGACCUGGAGAUGCUAACAGUCAACAGUAUAGGAACCUUCCGCACAAGCUCAGUGUUAAGAUUGACAAUAAUAGUGGGGCCAUUUUCUUUUUAGUCUUUUAAGAGUCCACUAUAGGCAUUUAAAUCAGCCAAAGAAUAUUGUUACAAUAAAGCACUAUUUUAUUUAUAGACGUAUCUAGUACAUCUACAUCUAUAUGCUGUACACUCACCAAUAAUUCAAACAAUUACACCAUGGUAUAAAGUGGGCAUUUAAUCUGUAAAGAUUCAAAGUUUGUCUUUAUUACUGUAUGUAAAUUAUACAUUAAUCCACUAAACUGGUCUUCUUCAAGAGAGCUAAGCAUACUCUAUCCAAUGAAACUUGGAUUCUUUUCUGUAAAAGUGGGACAAAGCAAUGAUUAUCUUCUGUGGUGCUUAAGGAAACUUACUACAGCCCCACUGACAGUCUCAUAAGGAGGCAGCCUCAUAACAUUGAACAGCAUGCAAGUUCAAGGAUGAAUUUUUUAACUGCUUUGUAACAAAAUGGAAAAAGUCAAUAAAGAUAUAUUUCUUUAGAAAAUGAG